GCCUCGAAACCUUUUGACAUUCCUCCAGUCAUUCACUUCCGCUCCACGAGUAUACCGACCGUUACGACGCCAGUUGCAGAAAAAGAAGGCAUAUCGGAGGAUGGACCAAUAACCACGGAGACGAAACGGGAAAAGGCGCGUUCGCUAUACUAUAAGACUAUACACCCUGGCGCAUUGAGGCCAGCAAGUCGCACACUCCCUCGCCGGACUCGGUCAAGAUGUGGGACGGAUUUCUUCUUCUGCUCUUGUUGAGCGCGGUUAUGGCUGGCGCCUCGUUCGCAGCCGGCAUCCUCCCACUCUCCUUCGCCCUCACACCGCGACAGUUGCGCCUCAUCACAUCCUUGGGCACGGGAGUCUUGGUUGGGACCGCGCUCAUAGUCAUCAUCCCAGAAGGAGUAGAAACGCUCUAUGCAGCGAGCGGAACACAUAGUCGGGAUACUCGGA